AUGCAAGCACAAAUGAUCGCCCCUGACGAGCACUUGCUCAGCCGACUGUUCAAUCAGCAUCAACCUGCUAUCACAAUAAUUCUCCAGACCCAGCAAAAAUGUGUUUUUAAAGCAGAAUUUUCAACAAGAAUAGAUUUCGACUUGACUUCUAAGAUAGUUCGACUGGAGAUUAAGAACAAAGAAUCCCAAUCCUUUGGUGAGAUAGCACUUUUGCAGCAUUUGGCCGCUACUGUCAUUCCAGACCUUGUUCCAAAAACUCACCAAGUUGGCAUCAUUGAGGACUCUCUUGGAAGAGCAUUGCACUUUUCAGUCACAGAGUUUGUAGAGGGCGAUACGCUGCAAAAUGUUUGGUCGAAAUUGAGUGCCGAUGCUCAAGACUCGAUCGUUGUUAAGCUUGGUGAAGCACUUGAGAAGUUGCAUACUAUCCGACCAAGCAAUUUAGAAUCUGAAAAGAGGCCAAAAGCUCCGCCUGGUGCAAAUAAAGAAAUGUUAGAUAAGGUCAGCCAGCCCGGCGUGUUUGGAGGGCCUCACACUGGGUUCAUUGACACUGGCUCGGCCCUGUUAGCUUCCUUCAUGAACAGGCGGAAGUUGAAGAAACAAUUCUGUGUUCUUGAGCCCAGAAGUAAUAUGCAAGGCAUCAUUAUACGAUCCAAUUUCAAUGAUCUUGGAUCAUUGACCAUCGACAACUCCGAGAGCGAGAAGUGGUCGGAAGAAGCCGUUCUCUGCCACAACGAUCUCAACCCUCGUAAUCUAAUCAUUCAACAGCGAAAGUCUCCUGACGGUGUACUGGAGCAUCGUCUCGCUGGUAUUGUGGACUGGGAGCUAGCUGGAUUCUAUCCAGCAUCAUACGAGUUGAGUCUUCAUGAUACCUAUCUAGGCACAGCGAACCAGCACUUGUCAUUUUAUUUCAAGCUGAAAUCAUACAUGAGAUCUUGUGUCCCACACUCUCCAUCUCAGAUCAAGCUCCUCAAGGCUAAUGAGCUGAUCUAUGAGUCUCAGCAAAGGCAUCUGGCAAUUGGAACCAAUAUUCCAGCACAUGUUCGAAAGAGAUUCAAGGACUACUUUCGCCUUGUUCGAGACAAUGAUCCUUACAUUGGUUGGACUAGUGGCCUCGAAGACAUCGAAUUUCCUGCUUGGGACGAUGCAGUUGCUCAAAAGAUGGAGGACGAUGUCAUCCAAGAGAUGAUUAUCAGAAGGCAGCAUGCCAAAGCAUCAAAUCACAACUAA